AUGAAAGAAGCCGACGAAGUAUUAUUUAAUAAAUUUCUCCAAAUUUAUAAAUGUGAUCCAAGCUUUAUAAAUUUAAACAACUUAAGUGGCAUAGAAGAUCCAAUUUUAGUCAAGAAAUUAUUAAAUUUAACAUUAAAAAAUGAUACACCGAUUUUGAAGGACGAUCGAGUAGACGUUUAUCGUUCUCUCAUAUACACUAGCGUUGGAAACGUGAACGUCACCAUAGAUUUUAUCAUAGAUAAUUGGGAUAAAAUAAAUGCUAGAAUCGAAGAUUCACAUGAAAUUAUUGAGACCGUAAUCGAUGAAAUUACAUCAUGGGAUCAGUUUCAUAAGGUUCAACGUUUUAUUAAAGAGAACAGAUUGAAGCAAAGUACAAAAGACGUAGAAAAGAAUUUGAAAAAAGCUGAGAAACACGUAUCAGAAGUUCUUAAGUGGAUGGAAAUGCAAAAUUCGUUAAAAAGUAUUGACGAAAAAUUCGAGAAUUUGCAUUUAACGAAUGUGUCAAAUAAAUAAAAUGAUAAAAGUCUCGCCGUUUUUUUAGCUUCGAUAUUUUGUCGUUAUCUUUUAUUUAUUAAACGAUCAAUGUUUCCCAUUGGCGAUAGCUAGGUACACAAAGGAUGCAAAAAAAUAUUGAAAGUAUCGGAGAUG